AUGGUUGAUAAAUCCCACAGCUUUAAGAAGUCGUUUUCGUUUAAUUUAAGAAAGAUGUUUGAGAUUCCAGGGAGACAGGCUCAUAGUAUGAUCCUCGAAAGUGGGAAUCCCCGGGAGACUCCUGAUGACAAAUUGUUGUUCAGGAGUCAUGGCGGUGGAAGACCUUUGGAUUCUGCGACUCAACAUAUAGGUAGUGUUUAUAAUCGUUCUUUGGAUAAAGGCCCUGUUUCUCGAUUGACCCAUCAUGAAGGCGGCAAAGCAGGAGGAGGCCCAAAAGAAUCCAGGCCGCCCUCAGAUUUGGAGUUGAUGAAGGAAAGAUUUGCAAAGCUUCUUUUGGGAGAAGAUAUGUCAGGGGGUGGAAAAGGUGUUUCAUCAGCUCUGGCAUUGUCAAAUGCCAUUACAAAUCUUGCUGCUUCUGUAUUUGGGGAACAGAGAAAAUUAGAACCAAUGGCUCCUGAUCGGAAGUUGAGGUGGAAGAAAGAAAUCGAAUGGCUUCUAUCUGUGACGGAUUACAUUGUUGAGUUUGUGCCUUCUCAACAAGUUUCAAAGGAUGGAAAGAGUAUGGAGAUUAUGGUUACUCAACAAAGAAGAGAUCUGCUUAUGGGUAUACCUGCAUUGCGCAAACUCGAUACCAUGCUUAUUGAUUGCCUGGAUAACUUCAGAGAUGAGAAUGAGUUUUGGUAUGUGUCAAAGGAUGCCGAUGAGUCGGAAAAAGGUGUACAAAGAGAUGAUAAAUGGUGGCUGCCAACAGUCAAGGUUCCUCCAGAUGGUUUAUCAGAGGCAUCAAGGAAAAAUCUGCAAACUCAGAAGGAAUGUGUCAACCAAGUACUUAAAGCAUCAAUGGCCAUUAAUGCUCAAAUACUAUCAGAAAUGGAGAUCCCAGAGAACUACAUUGAAUCCCUUCCUAAGAAUGGUAGAGCCAGCCUUGGGGAUUCAGUGUACAAGAAUAUCACGGUUGAGUUCUUCGAUCCUGAACAGUUCCUUUCGACAAUGGACUUGUCAUCGGAACACAAAGUUCUUGAUCUCAAGAACAGAAUCGAGGCAUCUAUCGUGAUUUGGAAGAGAAAGAUGCAUCAGAAGGAUGGGAAGUCUCCCUGGGGUUCAGCUGUGAGCUUGGAGAAGAGGGAGCUCUUUGAAGAAAGAGCAGAAACUAUCUUGCUUCUGCUAAAACAGCGUUUCCCUGGACUUCCUCAAUCCUCUCUUGACAUUAGCAAAAUCCAAUACAACAAAGACGUGGGACAUGCUAUUCUGGAAAGCUAUUCGAGGGUACUAGAAAGCUUGGCGAACACAGUGAUGUCGCGCAUUGAGGAUGUGCUGUAUGCAGAUAGCGUAGCUCUAGAUCCGUCAUUAUUAGUUGCUAAACAGAGGCCAUCUCGAAGUUCUUCACCACGGCUAAGUAACUUCUCAAGUACCGGAGAGGAGACAGAGAGGCUGAGUUCUGUCGGGACACCAACUUCAAUGACACUGUCCGAUUUCAUGGGGUGGAAUGUGGAGCAGGCAGAAUCAGACUUGAAGAAAAUUAGCUCUAUUGGUAAUAUAGACAGUCUGCCUAAGGAAGAAAAUGAGAAGACACUAAGCAAACUUGGUAUAAUUAACAUUGGCAAGAAACUAUCUUACAUUGACAAGGUUGAGUUGAGUUGUCUUAGAAGUCCAACAGCUCGUCAUUAA